AUGGACAACACUGAGGCCCAAUAUCUGCAGCAUGCUCAUAUUAUGAAAGCAGGAGAGUUCAGCGAGGCCCCAUUCACUGAGCAGGUAUUAGGUAUUGAAUAACUGAUCAGCAUGCUAAUGAAAUAUGGAUAGCGUGUUUCUGGUGAUACAUGGAUACUGCUGCGGCUCAGUCAGGCUGCAGGCACUCUCACAACCGCAUUUUGUUGAUUUGUAACAAACUCGGCAGAAAUUUGACAAACUUGUUAUCAGUCUUCAUCUUCUGUUGGCCUGGUAUGUGGACAUUAAAACACAUAUAUAGCUAGAUAAGAACAGAAAUAACUUAUUUCUGACUUGCCUGUAUGAACAUAUCUUUCUUCAAAAAAGCUCCAGAUGAUAAAAAGUUAUAACUGAUUCAAUGAUAGAUUAUAUGGUAAUUUAAUCCACUUGAAGAGGUCCAAGGGAUUUAGCACAGAGUGUAACAUAUGCAUCUUUUCUUUUCUUUUUUUUUUUUUUGCUAGAACCAGCGCACGUGUACGAACAAGCAUGCCAGCACAGACCCACACAGAUGGUUACAUACAUAAAUACACACAUGUCUAAGGAAAACAAAUGAUUCUCCCAACACAUGCACUCACACUCACACACAAAUGGGCACACAAACAGACACACACUCCUCUGUGUGCUAUCAGUCCUGCGUGUGUCUCCAGAGGGAAACUGUAUCAGACAACAGAGGUCAUGUGACCCGGGGAGUCAGGCUUCCUUAAUCCUACUGUCAGCCCUAAUUGGGCAGCAGGGGAUUGAUCAAGUAUGCUCUUUGUGUGUGUGUGUGUGUGUGUGUGUGUGUGUGUGUGUGUGUGUGUGUGUGUGUGUGUGUGUGUGUGUGUGUGUGUGUGUCUUUGCGCAGAUUCUCAUUGCUGAAGUUCAUUUGCAGAUGAACUUUUAUGUCCACAGUCUGGAGAAUUCAGACACAGAGAAAAUACAUUUUUUGCUCCUUUUCACGAAUAACAAUCAAACAAUAAAUUAACUUAAAAUUUCAAUAUUUGUUCAUCUUUUUAAAACAGAUGAGGCAUACUAAGAUAAAAUAAACACUAUCCCUUACAGUGUAGAGGAUAGAUAAGGAUUACUAUGUUGGGAUAUGUCAUACACAAGUUAUCUGAUUGGACAACUUACUAAAGCCUCAUGAUCUAAUUUUGCUGCCUGUGUAACUCAUUGUCAUCGUACAAAAAAAUGACAUCUAAAAUCAAGAGUCCAUAUCAACGUCACCAGUAGAGGGCAGUACUGCUAAAACCACAGUUUCUCUGUCCUGCUCUCUCUGAAACACACAAAUCAUACCUGAAACAUGCAUCAUCUGUGCUGUUUCAGGAAGGUUUUAAGCCUUGCUUUGAGGGCAGACAUGUAUUUGUUGAACAAAACUAUAACAAAUGGCACUUCGAUAAGUCCCAUAACAGCAGAAAGAGACAGGGAAGGUGGCUUUAAAUCAUGACACACAUGACCCAUCAGUGCAUCCAAGGCUACAGGAAUUCACAGGAUCUUCUUCAUCCUUAUCCCCUAGACCACCAUUCAUCUGUGAGCUCUUUACUCUGUGAGGGAAGUGGCUGUGUCUCAGCCUGAGUUAUAUGUUUCUGGAGAGUAAAGGUGAGCUGUUUUAAGCAAGACAUAGUGCAACAUGCACAAAACUCCAGAUGGAUGUAAAAAGUGACAAGCUGGGUGAAACUAACCAGACUUGGCACCGCAGAUCGCCGAAGACAUCCAUCAAAUACAGCAAAGUCUCAAGCAUUUUUUAAACAGCUUUUUUUUUUUUUUUUUAAAUGUUCUCUAAUUCCCUAAUUUUCAGGGUUUUUUCUCUGUGGACUCAGAUUAUUACAGACUUACAAUAGACUUACUAAGUUUAUUACUAAACUUGGUAAGUUUAUUGUGCUUACUAACAUGCAGGAUCACCCCUCUGUGGUGUUUUGUUAAAGAUCACAGUUUGAUGUUUUACUUUGUUUUUGUCUUUUUGAGGAUAGGAGGUAUAUGAUCAUUUACCCCCAAAGCAAUUCAAAUAUUGUGUGAAAACAUCCACAAGUUUUAUUGUCCAUGAAAUAUGUAGACCAGACUCUUUACUUGUUUGAUGAGUCUUAGUGGUGAAUAAAUACGGAAAAAACUUUUCUUAACAGUUCAACAAAACAUGAAAAAUACUCAAAUUAACCCAGUGAGGAAUAUUUUGGCAGUCAUAAAUUAACUGACUCUAUCCUGAGUGCUAAAUACUUGUGUAUGGAGUGUCUGUGUCUCACUGUAGAAACCCUACAAACUUUUGUGUUGCUGUUGCAAAUUGUGUUGUUAACCAGCUGUUGAUUGUGCUCUAGUUUUGUGGAGAAGAUAAGAGAUGAUACGUUGGUGGAGAGGAGAGGGAAUACAAAGCAGCUGAGGUAGCGGACCGGGAGCAGCUGUGAUACCAGAAAAGUUCACCACUGAGUGGACCAAUCACAGGGCCUUGGUUCUGCAUCAUUCUGACACUAUUCUGACAAAAAUGGGAAAAUUAUUUUGAAAAGUAGAUUUCUAUGUGUACUUGCAGAGUCAUAUCUUGUACUGGGUGGAACUUUCUUGAGUGGCAGAUGUGCUGUUUUGAUUUAAAUACAGAGAGCCUUUGUUUAGACAGGUAAAUGAGCUGAGAAAAACACACAACAAAAACCACUGCUACGCCUGAUCUGAUUACAUUGCACAAGUGUUCGUGCGUGUGUGCAGGCAUGUGUGGGAGCACCGGUGUGUGUGCAAACUGUGUGUGGGAAAGAGGGAGAGAGAGGGAGUGAGUGAGAGAGACGGUGUGUGUGUGUGUGUGUGUGUGUGUGUGUGUGUGUGUGUGUGUGUGUGUGUGUGUGUGUGUGUGUGUGUGUGUGUGUGUGUGUGUGUGUGCUUACCAUAACAUAACAGCAGGUUAUGAGGUUAGGGUGCCUGUGUUUAUUUGUUUGUCUAGCAGAUGCCCUUAUGCAGGGCACUCAGCUUGUGGCUCAUUUAACACAUCCACAUAUUUACACAGCUGGAUAUGAAGUGAUAGAGAGGCGGCUGUGGUCGGCCACUUUAAUAUGACUGUUUAACACAGAGAGGGCUGCACAGAGGCUUUCCUGUCGUUCACUUUCAUUCCUAAAACUUCUCCUUAUCUACGUUUUAUUGUUUCUUAUUUUUUGGAUUUGAGUGUUUAUCUUCUUUGUUUCUUUUUUUCUCCGUUUCUUUUUUGUUUCUUUUCCCCCUUUUUUAUUCUUCUCUUUUUUUGUCCUUUAUUUUUCUUUAUUCAUUUCUUUUUUGUUUCUUUCUUAAAUUCUUUCUUUUUCCCCCUUUUAUAUUUCUCUUUUUUGUCAUCUUUCUUUCUUUCUUUCUCUGCUGUUAUUUUACCAAUUAAAAUUAGACACAGCUUAUCAUAUAAUACUAUAUAUUAGCUGUCUGUAUUCGCUUUCCAGAUUCUUCCUUCUCUUUUCUUCACAUCUCUGGUCUCAUCACUCACCUGUCUCUGCUUCAUCCUGCCUAUCUCUACACACAACACCUCCACCCACCUCACACUCUCCUCUGUUCUAUCUUUCAGAUUUUUUAUUUUUUUUACCUCCCAUACCAUUCACUCCUCCUCCUGCUUGCAUUUUCUCCAUACAUACAAAAGCCACAUGGAGGGUCUGCUUCUAAUCUCCACAUGCUGGGGUCUGCAUUUGUUUUGCUUGUCCAAGGACCCCACAAUGCAGUUUCCAGUGCCUGGGACCCACAGAGUGCAGAUUUAAUUAGAUAAGGCGAGUGGUGGAAGAAGCUGGAGAAUUGAAAUUGGACAUGGGGGUUUUUACAAGGAGGGUCAGCUGGUCCUUGGCACUGCAUGAGUCCGGCCCAACAAUGUACAUCACACUGAGAGGGGCAAUGAGAAAGUGGAAAGGAAGCAGGAGUGAGGAUGAAGAAUGGCAAUGGCAUACUUAACUCUACCCUGGUAGUCUCUAAGGAUGUGCUCAGCUUUUGUGCUCACAGCCUAUAGGAGGCUUGUGCCACACCUACUCACUGAACUGAGACUGUGAGCCCAGACAAAUGUAUCCUGAGCCUGAAUAUCAUGAUAUUUAGUUCAUUACUGAUCAACACGAGAUUUGAAUGCUGCAGUUAAACUCAAAGCAUGGCUUACAAUAGCAUGAUUGGAAGUUAUUUUUUUCUCUUGCACACGUCUGGCUAGGUUUUUGAUUUAAGCCAAGCAAGCUUUUAGUUUUCUAUGGAGUCUUGGAGGCAAAUUAAAUUGUUUAAGAUUUGUUAUUGUCAUUAUUAGCAUUACAAGUUUUGGUGUAUGAACUGUAUGAAAGAGAUGUGGCUGUAGCUACCCCCCCUUAAAGUUUGUAAACCACUUCUUUUGACACCUCAGGGUUUCCACUGUUCCCAUUUUGGACUUUCUGAACCAGAGGUGACCAUGUAUGGACACUGACUGCAUCACAAAGAAGACUUUAAACAGGCAGCUGAGACCCUUGUUGAAUCACUGUGGUGAGAAUUCAACUGAAAAUUUAUCAUCUGGUGUCACACAAACUCCAUUUCACAACUAGAAUAGUCAUACUCUCCUCACACAGAUUUAUAGCUCAAAGCAGUCACCCUAUGGUUGGGUGCGUUCAUCAAAAGAUACAAAUAUAUGGGGAGUAAUCAAAUAGAGGCUACUUCACGGACAUCACAUCCUAACAAUAUGUUUGCAUCAGAUAUCACUUGACAUAGUAAAGAAAUCAAUUCUGGCUGUCCACACUACAUCUAUCAAAUUGAGCAUAGGAUUGUUCUGUGUUACUGAUAAAUCCAUAACCAGGAAGUAUUUCUCAUCCACACAAACUGAUACACAGUCGGGAGUCCUGGUAUGGUGUUUUAUUUUGAAAUAUAGCAGAGUGGUUUUCGUGCUUGACAUCCUGUCUAGAACGAUAUUCUCUGUGUACAUUAAAGGUGGGGUAGGCAGGAGUCCUUUAAAGAAGCAUGUUUUUUGUGGUGUAUAUACAAAAAAGCUGUUAAUAGCCGUCAAAGUUAUUAGUCAUUGAUGACAUUUAGAAAUAUCAUAAUAUUGCUGUGUUCUCUUAUGCUUGUGUAGUCAACAUUUUAAAAUUUUGGAGUGGUCUGCUCAUUCUGACUGUAAACAAAGCUGUCCUCCACCUCCUUGAUCUGACUGGUUGUGAGGCGCACACUGCUCCUUAUUGCUGAUUGGUUGUAGGGCAGACACUGCUCCCUCGUGUUGUGAGGCACGCUCUUCGUGCACGAGCCCAAACAAGGUUAAUGUGCUACAAUAUUGGACAGUAGAAACCAACCAGAAAGUACGGGAAAAUGUCUGAAUCCUUCUUUGGCCACGACUGCAAACACAAGCAAGAAAACAAAGUAAAUACCGGAGACUCAGGUGUCAUAUCGGGCGCUUAAAAAGGAGGUAAACUGGACAAGAGCUAAAAAGCCUGGUCAACAUAAAUAAAGCAUAAACGACUCUGUAACCCUUCUGCUGGACAGGUAAACCGCUUUAACAAAGUAAUCCAAGUGUCUGUAACAGGAGUGUUUCUUGUCUAACGGGACCUGCUGCAUGUUGUAGCGCCGCUAAACUGUUUCCCUCGGGUCCUGGAGUAGGUCACUUUAUCCUAGUUGUAGAAGUCCUGCAAACAUUGUGUUUGCUGGUAGUCUGUUAGCAUCUACAGUAGCACCAAUGCUUUUUACUUUCACGUUGACUGGGCCCCAUUUGUAAUUAUCUGAAGUAUUUUUCUGCAUUAUAUCUGAAUUUAAUUAGAACGAUACAAGCGAGCAGGAGCGUCUGUUUGUGGGCGGGGCUUGCUGGAGCAGAGAGGAAGAGGAGAGGAGGAGCUGAGGGGAAAACUGGUUGGGAGGGGUAGUGUUUACAUUCAAGAUUUCUCCCAAAAACUGGCACUUCCUCAGAUCCUGCCUACCCCACCUUUAAUGUGUGUUGGAAGAAUAGAGCAGCAAAAAUAAACUUGUGGCGUAUCUUUAGCAGAGCUGCACCUAACACGCUUCUGAGAUGGAGCCGUGACAGUCCCCGCAUCGGAUGACCUGUCCCUGACGAAAGCUGUCCCAGAUUUAGGCGUUUCAUGAAUAAGAACAAAAAUGUUGCAUGUAGACUAGAACAAUGCUUAUCAUGAUAGCUGAGUAGGUCGGACGCAUGAGUAAGCAUGUUGCAGUCCUGAACAACAGUUUUUACGGGGAGUUAUUAUGGGGGAUGUGCGCUGCUACUAAGUAGUACCGAGAUGUUGUCUGUGACGGUAGGACCACAACACUUGUAGCAUUUCUUGGGCACGUUGGUGUGUAAUGGCUCUUCAUGCUCCUAAUGACUCCAGCAUCAGUCCACUCCUUGUGAAUCUCCCUGAAGUUCUUGAAUCUGUUUUGUUUGACAGUCCUUUCAAGGUUGUUGCUUGGUCACCUUUUCCUCCCUCACUUCUCCUGGCCAGUCAACUUUCUGGUCCUCUGCAUCCAUACAGCAAUGACCUUCAGUGUCUCACCCUCCCUGUGGAGUGAGUCAGUGAUGGUCUGCUGGACAGCUGUCAGUCAGCAGUCUCCCCCAUGUUGUGUGUUGACUGAACCAGAAGGAGAGAGUCAAGGCUCAGUAAACCUUACCAGGUUGAAGGUUGAGAGCUGCACCUGUGCAUAUAGGAUAGCAGAUGAGUGGAUCAGUUGUGAAAGUCUAGAUUAAGAGAACUGUGUGUUUUUCACUGAAUGAAUUUCACAUGAAUGUACUUGGAAACACUGGAUGAAGAAAAGGAAACUAUUUCUUAUUGAUGGGGUAUGGCUGCUGCAUGAACAUGAGCAGAACAAGUGUUUAGUGGCUGUUGUGACCUUGGGCAAAAAAAUCACUGCCAUCAUGUAACUGCAGCUGCUGCAUUUCAGAGCCAGAGAACAACUAUUAGCCGCAUGACGCAGCUGGUUUUGAUCAGAGAGCAAUGGCUGCAGGAGAUAAACACUAAGGUUAUUGAUUUUCAAUCGGCUGGCUCAAGGGUGUUUUGGUUUCAUAGCUGUUGAUUCUCAGUGAACACAAUUGUUUUUUCCUCUUUAAUUUUGAUUUAUUCUGCAAACCACAGUCUGACACUUUUAAUAAAGAGUUGCAGCACCAAACAGGGAAAUCUAUAGUGCUAUUGUGUGAGUAUUGUUGACAGCAGAAGUAGAGUCAGGCAUGUCUGCUGAACAGUCCAGAGCUCUGAAUGAGCCAGUAUGCUCAGCUAUUAGGGAUGCAACAAUAUCAAAAUCUCAUGGUACGAUAUUGUCACAGUAUUACGGCCACGGCUUGGUAUAGUAUUAGUGUAGUACUGACUUCUUACUCUCCUUGCUUGUUCCUUGGUUUGGCAUCACAAAUCUCUUCCGAGUGAUGGUCCAUCAAGCAGCUUCUCAAAUUACUUGUGGUCCCUGAUUUGUAGAUAAUUGCAGUCUGGCAGUGUCUGCAACCAAUUUUUUGCAAGUCUGUCAGCUUUGCUCCAUGUUAGUUCUUGUUUAUCAAACAAAAAUGUCUCCAUACUUAUGAUUUAAACUUUGCAGGAGGUUCCAUUACUAAAAGUUUUCUGCUCUGCUCCCCCUCUGUACUAUCUGCCAUCUCUUCCUGCACUGUGCAGGGUAUCAUGGGAGAUGCAGUUUGUUUCUCAGACUGGCCCACUCAAUAGCGCCAGAAAAUAACUACACUGGUGGUAGUACUCCAAAUUCUUGUUUGAUACUGUCACAUGCCACGGUAUUAUUGCGAGAGUUUUGAAACUGAAAUACUGCAAUAUUUACAAUACCGUUACAUCCCUAUCAGCUAUACAUUACUGCCACUUCUAAAUUUGACCCCUUGGUGUACCAAGACUUUUUCAGUACACUGGGAACUUUUAACAGUUGCUAGUACUCUUUUCUCUCCUCAAUAUUACAGUUUCCCUGGUAUUCAUAAUAACAGUUACCAGACAUUACACAUGUAUGACACAUAGAGGAGCUGAAGCAGUCCGUCACUAAUGUAGAGUCUGCAGUAAAUGCAUCCUAUGAUAAUCAUGAUGGAAAGUAAUUCUAUGUUUGACUGAUUUUGGCUGCAUGAUAGUCACACCAACAAGAGAAUGAGGGAAACACUAGCAUCUAUUUUUUUAUCCUUUAAUAGUACUGGAGUGAUCCACCUCGUUUCAGCAGCACACUGAACAGUUUGUGUUAUUGUAGCUGUUUUGAUGCAGUGUCCCUGUUGUUCAUCCCCUGCCAGGCCUAAUUCUCACUGUGGUUUUGACUUAAUAAGAGACAAUCAGAGUGUAAUUUUGGAGCAUCCUGCGCUCUUUUGUCUGGAGAGGGCACACCAAUUGUCUUUCCUUCACAGCCCCACAGGCUUUUACAACCAUGUGUCUGUUCUGUUGAAGAACUCUCCCAUGUAGGCUCCUCUCACAUUUACUCUUCCCGCUGUUUUCUCCAUCUCCCUCCUCCCCCUCCUCCUCCUCCUCCUCCCCCUUUACAGUCUAUCUCUAGAGACGCCUCCAUGUUGAUCCAUGAACCAGCCAGACUCUCAGGGGCCCCAAUCAGUUUAAGUUUCCUAUCACAACUUUCUUAACUGUUCUUUAACCUACUACUACUACACACACACACGGGAGAGCUCCAAAACAAAGAUUUUAUUUCAUAUACAUGUUGCACUUUUGUUUGCUUUGUCUUCCUUUAUGAAUACAGUGUGUCAUGUUUUCAUUUUUUUUGUUUUAAUCUGUUACAUAUCUUUACAUAUGUUGUUAAAAUUAUUUUUUAAAAACCAGAUUAGAAUCUUUCUGAUUAGAGAUUCUCACUCCACUGUUUACUUUUAGCCCCAAAGAUUGACCUAAGGCACGUUUUAACAUUUAACCUGAAUAAAAGUAUUUCAACAUGUUUUGAGUUACUCUGCAUUUCUAACUUAUCAAAAAUGGCAGAAGAUGCUGUUCCUGUUGGAAACCAACACUGCAGUCAUUUUACAUAAUGUGUUCAUAUUCGAAUUUCAAUAUAAUAUGCCUCAAUAUUGCUCCUCCUCUGUCCCCUUGUUCUACACCAGAGAUUUUACUCUCCCCCCUUUCUUACAUCUGAGACGUAAAGUCAAUCAAUCAAUAAAUCAGUUUUUAUUUAUAUAGAUCCAAUUCACAACAAAUGGUAUACCAAGAGGCUUUACAAAAAGAGCUGGUUCAGACCAUACUCUACAAUUAUCUUCACAUAGACCAACACCAUGUGAAGAUGAAGUCCUAUUUAAUAAGAUCAGGCCCGCUCACAUCCCAUCUUUAACCACAGGAGUGUAGCAUUUAAUCUACACAGAGAAGAUCAUUCUAGACAGGGUGUCAAGCACUAAAACCGUGCAUGUCAUUUCAAAAUAAAAAAAAUAUAUGCAGACUUCUGACUGUGUAUCAGUUCGUGUAGAUGAGAAAUACUUCCUGGUUAUGGAUUUAUCAGUAACACAGAUCAAUCCGAUGGUCAAUCCCUGAUCCAUGUGGACCCCAACAGGACUUUUAACUGCUGACUCUGUCUGAAGGUAACAGCACAGCAUAAAGGAACAUAGUUUACUUUAUUAAACAUGAGUAAACCUGCAAAAACCCAAACUGUAAAAUCACGUUGAUUUUUCACAUAUAGUUGAAGCUCAACAGUCACUGAAUUAUAUCCAAAUUAGCAGGAAAUAGACCACAGAAAGGAAAAACAACCUGCUGUGAGCAUGUUGUUUCCUCUAUAGUAAGCCUAGCUGACCGGGGCUGCACUACGCUACUGCUACACUCCAAAUACACAUUCUGCAUGUAAUAGACAGCACUGCUCGACGGAGCAGAGAUACGACGCUGACCGAAUGCAGUCAAUACUGAUCCUGUAUAUUUUCGGCUUAAGAGUCAUCUGCUGCAACUGUAUGGGGUUUAGAGUGGGGAUAGAGGGAGAUGCUGAAAGAGAGAGAUGAACAGAGACAACCAACAACAACAAUAGUACUGACUUAAGGUUACAGUACCAGAGGGAACAAGUAUGUGAACCACAGGAACAGCAUCUCAUGAUAACAAACUGUUUUUAGUUUGGUUUAUGGCAAUGUUUGUGUCAGGUCAGAGAAGAGUGAAAAUAUGAAUGGACAUAAAAGUACAGCACCUAAAAUUCCCAAAUAGAUCACAGACAAUCUAGUGGUUUUAGUACAGGACUGUUGGAAUUAGCCUAAUGAGGUGAUGAUUUUCUGUGGCUGAUAACCUUUGUAGCUCUCUGGCUGCUUUCUGACCAGGCUGCUAUACUUGUUCUUGACAGGUGAAGUACCUCAUACAGCCCCAUUUAAAAAAAAAAAGAAAAUAAAAAGAACUACCCCUUUAAGAUGUCUGGAGUUAUUUACACGAUCAAGAUGUUUAAGAAUCCUGAAGACAUGAUAAGAUCAAAGGUUCAGGUGACUAUGAUCUGAGUCACAGUCGGUAUAAAUUACCCUCUCCAUCAAGGUUGAAAUCUCUUUCCAAAUAGGCUGGAUCAAAUCAUCCUCUUCUGAUUGAGGUGUUUACAUAAAGCAUUUUUAUUCUGAUCAGACCAUUAUAAGAGAUCCAAACAAAGCUAUCAACCACUUACUGUGGUGAAUCUGUUUCAAUGAAACACAUGUAUGACACUCCCUAAGAUAAAACAGACCUCUCAAUCUUAAUUGAAACCCCACCCAGUAAAAUGUGUGUCACGUCCAAAAGAAGUCAACCUUUUCAACUCGUGAAUGUGGAAAUAUGUUGGAUGUUGUUAAGUUGGACAACUAGGAAACAAGGGUACAUGAUGAGCUACUUCCAAAAUUGAUGGGAUUUCUCAUGAUCAGUCAAGUCAAUCAACAAAUAUUAAUAAGAGGAUUCAACCCCCAGCCACUGCUUCAUUUGAGUCCUAUCACAACAACGACAUGACAGUACAGUAGAUGAUUUCCCUCAGUUUUGUCUGACCCAAUAAAACAUUCUUCUUGGUAUAUGUCCUUGGACAAAAGCAAGUCUUCUCUCAUGAUAAAAACUGCCCUGCGCUUAUAUCACAUGAGUAUGUAUGUCAGUGAGUACGCAGCAGACAUUACAGACUUGUUGUUCUGUGUGAACUCCUCUCUCUGUUUAUCUUUUACAGAUUCCAGCUGAACUCGCUGAAAGGACAGUGGCCAAACAUCUGUGUGCUGGCACCGAGCGGGGGACAGGUCUGCAGCAGAUUGGUAAUGUGCAUGGAAAAACGUGCAGGCGCACUUACACAGAGCAGAUGAAGCUUUUACACACACAUUACCGUGCACAUGUUCAAAUGCAGUUAUAG